GCGAGAUGAGCAACGUGGCUGUGAAUUUGGUGGAAGUGUAGCUGCUUCGACUUCGUGCCCUAUCAUCUUUCUCAGUUUGGCAAGUUGUGGAACCCGUGCUUUGAGUUGGACGUGUCGUGACAAAUCUCUUCUUUCCUGAAUUUUCCUGAAUCUAAGACACUUGUCAAAACUGCUGGCGGGUUACGGUUGUGGUCGAUCGACGCUCGCACACACAUACACACACACACACACACACACAGACACAGAGAGAGAGAGAGAGAGAGAGAGAGAGAGAGAGAGAGAGAGAGAGAGAGAGAGAGAGCGCACGAAAAGUGAAGAGUUGGCGAGAAGCGGGAUGGAUCCGCCGACGGGCAAGGAGAGUAUCACGUCCAACGAUCGACGGAAGAUGCUGAUGCAAAUAAUGGCGUCAUUGAAGGAUCACUCAAGUUCGCUGACAGACAGGCAGAAUGCUGCUGCGAGGUUCGAGGAACUCACUUUUGCGAAGGCCGUAGAUAUGCAAGAUUACUUGAGACGGAUUGCUCAGAAACUGAAGACUCUGAAUAAUGCAGCUCCUACUGCUUCGGUAUCGGCUUCAAAUCAACAGCAGGGAAUGGCCACCCAGGUUGGAAUGCCCGGUGUUUCGCAGAUGGAUUCUGCAAGUUUUCAGCAGGCCCUAAAUGGAGCGCGAUUCCAGCAGCAGGGAAUUGCGCAGGGCCAAGUGCAUGGUCAAGCGGGAGGAUUGCAACAUGGGAUGGUGGGAGGGAUGGGAAGAGGUUUGCCAGCGCAGUUCCAAAAUCAGACACAGCACAGGCAGGCACCACCGGGGAUUGGGCUCCUUCAGCAUCUGCCACAAGGAGUGAUUGUAAGCAGUGGAGGACAGGCGACUGCGGGUGGAAUGAUGGGAAUGACUGGAGGGAUGACGACCGCAGCGGCCACUCUUCCAGGUACAGCGAACAACCUCGGUGGACUAACAGGUGUUGCGAGACCUGUAGGGAUUGGGACUCCGGCAAUGGGAAUGGCAGCAACAGGACACAUGCAUGUGGCAGGGACCAUUGGUGCAAGCAAUGCUAUGAAAAUGGGCCUUCAACAGCAGCAACAGCAGCAACAGCAGCAGCAGCAGCAGCAGCAGCAGCAGCAGCAACAGCAGCAGCAGCAGCAGCAGCAGCAGCAGCAGCAGCAGCAGCAGCAGCACCUGCAAGGGCAGCAGAUGCAGGCGGGGCAAUCGCAACAGCUGAAUUCUCAAUCAUCCUUGAUCCUGCGGGCUAAGCUCAAACAUCUUGAGCAGCAACGCCUUCAGCAGCAGCUGCAACAACAACAACAACAACAACAACAACCACAACCACAACCACAACAACAACAACAACAAUCACAACAGUUGCAGCAGCAGCAGCAGCAACAACUACAGCAGCAACAACUACAGCAGCAACAACUACAGCAGCAACAACUACAGCAGCAGCAGCAGCAGCAGGAGCAGCAGCAGCAGCAGCAACAAUUACAGCAGCAGCAAUCUCAGUCGUCGCAGCAGCAGCAGCCCCAACAGCAGCAGCAGCAGAUGAACCAGCAGCAGCAGCAACUGACUCAAGAACAACAACAGCAACUGAUGCAACAGCAGCAACAGCUUGCACAGCAGCAGCAGCAGCAGCAGCAGCAGCAGCAACAGCAAUCCCAACAGAUUCAGCAACAGGUCAAAGGACAGGCAUUGCAGAUGCAGGGUAAUCCACAACUGUUUCAGCAGAAGCAAUCACAGCAGCAACAAAUGUACCAGGCGCAGCAGCAACGAAUCCUCCAGAUGCAACAACAGCAGCAGGCUGGCAUAAGAUCAACUGCAGUGCAGCCAGGGAUGGUGUCGAAUGGAGUUCAGCAGCCGAAUCUUCCAGCGCAGAACUUACAGAUGCAGUUGAACCUGCAGCAGCAGCAGCAGUUGCAGCAACGCCACGCACAGCAGCAGCAGCUGCAACAGCAACAGCAGCUGCAACAGCAACAACAAGGAAGGCCGGGACUAGUAUCAGGAGCGGAAGACGGAUCAGGUCAGAGCAGUGUGACAUCAGUGCAAUCAUUCAGCGAGCCAGAAAGACUAUGGCAAAAGUUGCAAAUGCUCAAGGGCCAGCAUUUUGCUUUUCUUCAGGAGUUGAUGAGUGCAAUUGAGGCAAAGGUUCACCAGCAGAACAUUACCAGCGAGCAAUUGAAGAAGUGUGAACUAGAGCGCUCACGGCUACAUCAAAUUAUGCUGUAUUUGCAACUGAACAAGGAAAAGAUUGCGCAGAGCCUGAACUCCAAUGAGAAGCUUACGCAGUUUGCGAAUAAUAUCAAACUCCUUGAGGCGACUAUAAAUCGUCUGAGGACUCGGCAUCAGGUACGACUGCAACAGCAGCCCCUACAACAGCCGUCAAUGCAACAGCUGCAACUACAACAGCAGCAGCAGCUACAACAGCAACAGCUUCAACAUCAGCAGCUACAGCAGCAGCAGCUACAACAGAAGCAGCAACUGCAACAGCAGCAGCUGCAACAGCAGCAGCUGCAACAGCAGCAGCAACAGCAGCAGCAGCAACAGCAGCAGCAGCAGCAGCAGCAGCAGCAGCCUGAGCAUCAGCAUCAGCAUCAGCAUCAGCAGCAGCAACAGGCUUUAUCAUCAAAGUCAACUGUGCAGCAAAUAUUACUCCCAUCACAAUCGGUUUUAUUGGGCCCAGGUGGAGCAUCAGCAGGUCAGUCGAUGGUGCAGCAGGGAUUGGCAAAUCAGUCAGGGAUGCAAGCUGUGACAACACAUGCGGCCAUGCAGCAGCAGCAGCAGCAGCAGCAGCAGCUGCAGCAACAGUCUGUGCUCUCGUCUCAGCAGAUGAUUCAGCCGACAUCUAUGCUUUCAAAUCAGCAAGCUAUGGUUCAACAGGUACAACAGCAACAAUUUUCCCAACUGCAACAAGCACAAUUGUUGCAGCCAUCGCAGAAGCAAGCUCUGAUCCCGCCACAUCAACAACCUCAGCAGCAGCAACAACAACUCCAGCAGCAGCAACAACAACUCCAGCAGCAGCAGCUGCAGGCAGUGUCAGUGAGCGAUGGCACAGAGCAACAAAUGUAUCCACAGCCGUCACAUUCUGGAGGUGCGGCAUCGUCCAGCAUUUCACAGCAGCAGCAGCAGCAGCAGCAGCAGCAGCAGCAGCACCAACAGCAUCACCAGCAGCAAUCGCAGCAGCUGCAACAACAGAAGCUGCAACAGCAGUUGCAACAGCAACAACAACAGCUGCAGCAUCAAGAACAACAGCGUUUGUUACAAUCCCACGCCCAGCUUCCACUUGUGUCGCAGAUGUCUUCGCACCAGGUGCUGCAAAUGCAGCAGCAGCAGCAGCAAUUGGCUCAGUCGAAGGCUCGUCAGGAGAUGAUUCUCAACAGUAAAAAGAGGUUGCAGUCGUCCACAGUGUCGAAGAUUCCAUCACCGAUGCUCGUCUCCUCACCACCACCAGCGGACUCACCUCAAUUCUCACACGCAUCUCCGAAGCAAUCUCCUCCUCAGACAGAAGGUUCCAGUGUUAUCACAAACACUAUGGUCAAGGGUGGAUCCCUUAGUGGGUUGGGUGGAUAUUCCCCGCCCACUCUUGCUGCUGCAACGCCACCAACAGCAUCAGAAGACACUUCUCUGGGAAAUGCAAGCGGGAAGAUGAUGCUGUCAGGAGCUCAUACUUUGAAUCCUGGAGCAGCUGUCUCCCCUGCUGUUAAUGAUAUCUCCAGCCAGCUGACGAACCUGGCUCCUGGUACUGUGCUGGAUCGUGCCACUGGUCUUUCUCCCUCUGUGUCUGGUUGCAUGGUCGACAGAGGCAUGCCUAUGAUCAAGGAUCCUUUGCAACGCCUCGCUUCAAAGGUAGAAAUGAUGACAGCAAGCAACUCUGUGGGGCUGAGAUCUGCUUUGGUGGAUAUCUCUUCCAUUGUGGGCUGUGUGGAUAGACUGGCCCCUUCACUUCCAGGUAGUGGUUCGAAGUCUGCGCUUGGGGAAGAUCUUGUAUCGGCGACGAGGCUGAGAAUGGUGGGAGGCAAGGUGGGCUCUGGUGCUGCCUGCAACACUGGUGGUGGUAAUAAUGGAUUCGGGGUCAAGCGUGCGACUAGCACAGGUUCAACUGUUUCUGGUGGCGGCAUUGGCCAAACAUCGUUCAAGAGGGCAAGAAAGAGAGUCGAGUCUGUGGCUUCAAGCUUUGUUUCCGCAGAUGGAAUGGUCAUGAGCGCUGACUCAUCGGUUGAGCAAGACAGGUUGUCAAGUGAAGGCAGUGAAGUUUGCGCACCUCUUCCCAGCUGGAGAACUCAGUUAACGGCACUCGUGGAGGAGGAAAUCCGGCAAGUCAACAGCACCUUGGUGGACACGGCUGUAGCAAUCAGUGAAGAAGGGACGGAAGAGGCAAUUCUGGAGGGGAAGGAGGGCAUUGCUGUCACCUGCACAUACACUGGCAUUUCUACACAGCUGUCUCCGCUGCGACUUCUUGUUCCUCCUGACUACCCAACGUCAUCACCUAUUGUUUGGGCAGACUACAUGGCCCCUGACUUCAGUUUACCUGUGCAAGAGGCUGCCCGAGGGGGAUUUUCACGAGCGGUGAGGUGCAUGAAGGAACCUCUGACAGUGGAAAUAAUGGCGAGAGCGUGGGACGAUUGUGCAAGGAGAGCAGUUGCGGAUAAUGCUGCCUGUUAUGGCGGUGGAUCCUUGAGUACGCAUAUUGGUGUGUGGUGCACGGCUCCAUAGGCAAUAUAUGGCGAACAACUCCAAAUAAUAUGAUUGCUAUUCAAGUCUUGAUAAAAUCAUCUUUGAUUGCAUGUGUUGCAGUUUCGCCUCACACAGCACAGCUUGGAGUAUAUUUUACCUGUCGAUGCUUUUGCAGUCCGGUGCUGAAGAACGAUGCAAGCUGAAGCAAUAAGGAUUUCCUGCUGGCUGGCUGAUUGACGGAGUCUUAAUCAGCUGUACUUGGAGUCGCAGCAAAAGAUCGAGUCGCAUCCUUUACGACCCACUGGAGAGGGGAUGUAGUAUUGGCAUCCUUUUUGUGAAUGACUGAAGCCCCUUCUCUUACUGUAAGGUGGACCUACCCAACCUGUUUUGCAUUGCUUUAUGUAUGUUGAUGUGCUGAAGUGCGUGGAUCGCCUAUUUUUUUGCUCUGGACUUGCGGGGAGAAGCGUGUCGACUACGCACAACGGGGCAAAGAAGAGGUGAUUCAGGUCUCUUUUGGUGGGGUGAACACAGUGACCAUCCUUCCAUCAUUAGCAGUGCUAGUUGGGGGAGAUAUCCACGUGAUUAUGAGUCGAGAAAGGCAGGCACACUCUCCAUGGCUUGUUGCUUGGUUGAGCUGCCUAUGGAAACCAACGUGGUUGACUCUUGUUAGCACAACUUAGCAGCACGUCUCGCACCAGCAUCGAAGCCACAACGGCGGAGGUGGACCGUUUACGUAGUGAAAGCGUGGUGCUGUGAAGAUUGUUUUUCCAGGUCUUCACUGCCCGAUUGUCUGUGAGCUUGUUUCAAGCAUGUGGCCAACUCCAUGGGUGCACUCCUUCACUGCCCUGCAACAGCCGAGCCAUGUUUUCUCUGUUGUGUUCUACUUGCAAUGCUGUAAAGUUGGUCUCGGUACAUCAGAUUGUCCCUGUUUCUAGCCUGGAUUGCGCUGAUGUAAAUACAUGGGGCCAUUAAUAUGGUCUUCCCAUUAGUUGUCCAGGUCUCAUGAGGCAAGCUUUUUGCUGCUGUCUUGUACGAGGGGAGACUGGGGAGAGGUAGGGGGGAUGCCCACAUCAUUUAUGACCAUCAUCGACCUGGGACAUCACCUCCUCUGAUCACCAAGCCACCCGCGGCUCCCUUCCCGGGGGAUACUUACUCUAUGACAGGUUCAUCUGGUGAAGUUGAGGGUGAAUAAGUCAGCAUCAGGCGAUGCUAUGCGUUCUUGCCUCUUUAGAUGUCAUACGGAGGCAAGAUGUUGAGAGAGUAUACGGAGGCGCAAGGUCUAGCUCAGCUUGCUUCUUACGUCUCCCUUCCCAGGAUCACUCUGCGGACAGAAGUAUGACCACUUCCUUGCCGUUCGUCUGCAUAAUUUAUGGCCGCAAACAAGUGAGUGGGGCCUGCAGCACUAUGUCGGUGCUUCUGGGUACACACAUUGCCUGGGAAAGAGAUGAUUCAUCCAGUGACUUAUGGAGAAUGUGCAGACGUUCACCUCGCACAUCCACGCGUUCCCCAUUCUCGUACACAGACUGGUUGCGUUUAUUGGAGGCAGAGGGGCAGUCGAGGAAUUGCUGAGAAUAGGGUGCAUGGGUGUCGGUGAAGAGAUAUCGCUUAUUCUUUUGGAAUUUUAGUUGAGAGUCGAUGUGGUUGAAGCAGUGACCAAACUCCCAUUGACUUCUAGUUGCAGAGAUAAUUCGACCUAGUUGCGGAGACAGUUCAUCCUCAAGUAGACGUCGGUCCUCACUUGGUUGUUUAUUUUUAAAUCAGCCUUUAUUCCUUUUCAGGGUUCAUCUGGGACUCGAGCCAGGAGUCGCUGCGGCAUGCAGGACUGCCUUGCAUAGUUUUCUUCCGUUUAGUGGAGUGUUUACUCUAAUGGCAGUGAUUGAUUGACAAGCACAGCUUCGACCCAUGCAAUCUGUUAAAGCGGCCUUUUGUUAUGCGUCUCUGGUCAG